AUGCAGCGUGAACCGGGAGAUGAUUAUGUGCGACGGAUUGCAGAAUUUAUAAGAAAUAACUCGCAAGCUCUCGCCAAUGCUGUCCCAGCGCGUCGCAAUAACCAGAAUGCGAGCUUGUUUGGCUGGAUGAGCAAGCCAGAGAGCCCAAUGGUCUACACGACAGACCUACAUCACAUAUUCUACCUCCUCAUGCGCUUCGAGGACCUCGGAAUCGAUGUCGGGCCGCUAGACGUCCGUCUGCCAGCCGAAAGCAUCUCGAGGCCGCUCAGUUAUGUCUCGUUGCUCGUCGCUGCAAAGGACAGAUCAGAUUCUGCGUCUAUAUUCUCCUUCAAGAGCAUCUCCGGAGUCUCGAAAAUGAGUCUUGGUGCAGGCUGGUGGCCACGCGCCGAGCUUCCAAGCCUCGAUGCAGAACUCAAGUCCAUUUACAGCGCAUUCACAAAGCUCCCGGCGCUCUCCAUCCACCAGAGCUCUCUCAACGUCAUCUCCGAGCUUGCAGACGAUCCCCCGGUCGACUACGUCGUCCCGCUUUACGCCUUUAAAAAUAUUCAGACGCUUGAAUGUGUCGAUAUUGACCCACGGCUCAUCAUGGGAUGGGAUCGUCUAGCGGAAAGUCUCAGGAGUUUGACUCUCCGCAAGAGCGGGGUGGAGGACAUGACAGAGGUAUUCGUCGACGCAGUCCUGGAGGACGAAGCGCGAAGAAAUGGACAGGAGGUCAAACCGAAGCGACGGAAGCUUAUCCACAAGUCUGUGGACUCCCGGCGUCCGUCAUGGAAGGGACCACCUCCGACCUCGCCUCCGAUCCGGGAAGAAGACGAAGAGGAUUCCGUACCUUCCGGUGCUGUAUCCCCGAUGCUACAACCGCAACUUUCCCGGCUAAAAUGGGCGUUCCUGAAGCACCUUUGUCUGGCCGACAACGCGCUCACCUUUUUCCCUACCAAUAUCAUCCCUCAUCUUCUCUCCGUCACAUAUCUAGAUCUCUCAUCCAAUCUCCUCGUCUCUGUUCCGUCUGGGCUAAACCAGAUGUUCAAUCUUGUCGCCCUCAACCUAUCCGACAACAUGAUCGAGUCGGUGCUUGGCAUUUACACCAUGCUGGGACAAGUCCUCACCCUCAACCUUUCCCGAAAUCGUAUCGACUCGCUCUGUGGGCUCGAACGUUUGGUUGCGCUGGAGAGAGUGGACGUGCGGCGGAACGAUGUAAUAGAUAUUGGAGAGGUUGGACGUCUGGCGACACUCCCCAAUCUCCAGGGCGUAUGGGUUGAGGGUAAUCCAUUCGUUGAGAGCAACCCUGAUUAUCGCAUCACCUGUUUCAACAUGUUCCUCAAAGAGGGCAAAAGCAUCAGCCUUGAUGGGAGCCCACCGACAUUCAUGGAACGACGUAGUCUCAUUAUUCCCUCACAUCAUGGUCCAACUACCCCACCAGGCGUACGCUCGCCAGAGCUCGCCCCGAGCCCCCCGGUAGUGGCGGUCGGAAGUCCACAGCGUAGUCCUGCCGUCGUUGCAGAUUCCAAAGUUGCAGAACCCACCAAGGAAACUACAGUGGUCCAUACAGCCUCUAAACGGAAACGACCAACCAAGCGGGUUGUCGACAUUGACGGGGCCAUGGAUGUCGACGAGGAACCGUCAACUCCACGACGUGUACAUCGACGAGGGGCAUCCGAGAAUACGUCUGCGGAGACAACCAAGUCUCCGCCUAAGGAGAGUACGGCAGAGGCUGUCGCGGUAUCUCCUCGUAGACCUUCACACGCACGGGGGGCAACAAUGCACGAGGCAGGACAAUCACCCAACACUCGAUCGCUUCGUGUUCGGAGUCCGACGAUGAAUUAUGCGACGAUCUCGGGUAACGGGACAGUUUCAAAGCGUCGCUCGAAGCUCUCCCCUGCAAUGUUCUCCCCCACUGCAGAAGAGUCGACAGACGCGAGUGAUGUCGUUGAUCUUUCAACAUCUCCUACCGCAAAGAAUGGUGGCGCAGACGCGUUCCGAGCUGAGAUUGAAGCAUUGCGAGCAAGUGCACCUGAUAAUUGGCUCAAGGUGCUCAGCCAGAAGAAUUUUGGUGGAGAUAGUAGUGGAGGAUCACGUGUCGGAAGUCCAGGUGUUGAUGAGGAAGGGCAUGGUCGAAGACGACGGCACCUGCGAGGUGUGACAGAGUACUGA